AUGGAAUAUAUAGAGAGUAAACUAGAAGUAAUAGAAGAGUUAUGGUCUGAAUUUAAAGCGGGUCAUAAAGAGCUUCUUAAAGUAGCAGAUCCAGAUAAAUUGAAUAUUCAUAUUUAUGUUACUGAUGAAAUAUAUGAUAAGGCUGAAGAAGUGUAUAUAGAUCAUAAAUGUGAGUUGACAAAACUGUUAAAAGGUUUUAUACCAGAGAGGUCGGGUAAUGAAACUAUUUUCAUUAGUAAUGAUGAUACAAGUGCUAAGCCAAGCUAUGUCAGGCUCCCAAAGGUUAAUAUACCUAUUUUUACAGGAAAGUACAGCGAAUGGAUUACUUUUCGUGAUUUAUUUCUGUCUAUGAUUCAUAAUAACUCAUCUUUAGAUAAAGUGCAGAAAUUGCAUUACCUUAAGGGAUGUUUGACAGGCGAGGCAGAGCAAUUAGUAAGGCAUAUUUCUGUAUCUGAAACUAAUUAUGACAUAUGUUGGAAGCAACUUGAGGACAGGUAUAACAAUAGAAAAUAUUUAUCUCACUGUAUACUUACAAGGCUUUUAGGUCAAACAAAUGCUGUUACUGAAACGGCAGAUUUUCUUAAAGAAUUAUUAGAUACUUCGACUGAAUGUUUGAAUUCUUUGGUAAAUAUUGGAGUAAAUAUUUCAUCCUGGGAUAUACUAUUAAUUCAUAUACUCACGUUAAAAUUAGAUCCUGAAUCACGAAAGCAGUGGGAAUUAAAUAUUAGUACUAACACUUGUUUAAACAUUUUACCCACAUUUCAACAGUUUAAAGAGUUUCUUACCUGUCGCUACAGAGCUCUCGAGUUUACAGAAUCUAGCUUCAGUAAUAGACGAAUAGAUGGGAAUUUAGUACAAAACCCUGUUAGACCUAGAGUACUACAUACAAAUGUAUUUGAAGUAGCGUGUGAAUAUUGUUCCGGUAACCAUAAGUUAUGUUUCUGUAUGGACUUUAUUUCAGAAAGUUAUAAAAAUAGACACGAGUUUGUUGUAAAUAAUCGUAUUUGUUUCAAUUGCUUGGGAAGCAAUCAUUCUGUGAGAUUCUGUCAAAAACCUAUUAAUUGUAGAGUAUGUCAAAAAAGACAUCACUCACUUCUACAUCCACCAAAUUUGACCUCUGAAACUAGCCAUCAAAAUGAUUCAGUACAUAAUAUCGGUGAAGUCCCAAUAUCUAACAACCAAGUCGAGACCCCAAUAGAUUCUGUAGUAUCGUGUUUGAGUACUAGCACAGAAAAUCAAGUUCUCUUAACAACAGCUCUAGUGAGAGUCAAAUCGGGAUCAGGUCAAUAUCAGGUUUUUCGAGCAAUUAUAGAUCAAGGUUCACAAGCCUCUUUCAUUUCAGAAACUGCAUUUCAAAGAUUAGGUUUAAAAAGUUCAAGUGCAAAGACUAUAAUAUCUGGGCUUGGUGGUUACUAUGGUUCGGUAGCUUCAAAAGGGAAAAUAUUAUUGGAAAUUCAGUCAAUGUUUGAUUCAACUUUUAGCACUAAUGUUACAACACAUAUCUUAAAACAGAUUACAUCUUACAUGUCAGCUAAACAGAUACCUAAGAUAGAUUGGAUUAAUUCAGCUAACGUUACACUGGCUGAUCCACAAUACAAUGUUCCAAAUAAAAUUGACAUGUUAUUAGGAGCAGAAGUCUAUAGCCAGAUUUUACAAGAGGGUAUAAUAAGAGGUCCACGUGGUUCUCCUGUAGCACAAUGCACCUCUUUAGGGUGGGUUUUAUCUGGACCUGUUCAAUGUAUAAAUUCUAAAAAUAAUAUAGUGGUUUUGCAUAGUAAUAUAGAAAAAGAUGAUAAUAUACUACAAGGUUAUCGGGAAGUAGAAUCAAAUAGUACAUAUAAUUUAGGAACUCCGGAAGAUCAAGAAAAAUGUAUGCGGUUGACCAACAAUAAAAAAUAUAUUAAAAGUAGACAUAAUGUCAAGUCCAUGUUUCAUACUAAAAUAUUUUAUAAUACGAAAAAAGAGUUUAAUAGAACUAAUGAGUAUAAAAGACACAAUAUAAAAGUAAUGAAAGAUUACUUAUAUUUAAAAGAUAAUGUGAUGAUAGAACAGAAUGUUGAUAGAACGAAAUUGCAGAAUCGCAUCGCAUUGCAGAAUGUUGUGGUUCAGAAGGACAAGUCUACUGUUAAACAUAAUAUAUAUUAA